UGUGCACAGGAAGUGUUUUUACUGCACCGAAAGGUUUGAUUGUUUGGUAGCAUGCUAGCAAGUUAGCAGCAGUUACCGGGCAGUUAGACCACCGUGUUUCUCCCGGUGUUUGUUAGCAUGUUAGCAGCGGUUACCGGACAGGCUGACCGUGUUUCUCCCGGUGUUUGGUUAUCUUUCUGGAAGUCUGACCGGAGAUCUUUGGAUCCAGCGGGAGAAAGAAAAACAUGAGACACGAACAAGAUGGCGGAUACAAACGGUCACCUGAGUCGAGAGGGAGAGGAGGCAGAUUACCCAGAAUCCCUUGAGGGUGGCGCCUCUGAGCAGCAGCUCUACGAGGAGGUGGAAGUUAAGUUGGAGGAAGAGGACGACGAUGAAGAAUUCAGUCGCCAGGACGCUGUGAGCAGCAGCGGGACUGGAAGAAGUCCAGGCAGCGAGCAGAGAGCGGACGUUAAAGUGAAGAAGGAGCAUCAGUGCGACGAGUGUUCGAAGAGCUUCGACUGGCCGUGUCGCCUGAGGAUCCACCAGAGGAAUCACACGGGGGAGAAACCGUUCGAGUGCCCCGACUGUGACAAACGCUUUAAGAGUAACGCCAUCCUGUCGGCCCACCUGAAGACUCACGGCGCCGCGCGGCCAUUCUGCUGCCACGAGUGUGGGAAGUGUUUCCUGCAGAGGCAGGCGCUGGUGGAGCACGUGAGGACUCACACGGGCGAGCGGCCCUUUAACUGUCAGCUCUGCAGCCUGAGCUUCUCCGCUAAGGGCCACCUGCAGCGCCACCUGCUGACGCACACGGGCGAGCGGCGCCACCAGUGUGUGGAGUGCGGGAAGUGCUACAAGAGGAAGGAACACCUCAGCAGCCACAUGCGCGUCCACAGCGGCGAGCGUCCCUACAACUGCAUGAACUGCGGCCGCAGCUACAGAGAGCCAGGACGCCUCCGGCUGCACCUGAGGACGCACACCGGGGACAGUAAACGCCACGUCUGCGCGCUUUGUGGGCUGCACCUGGUGUCGGCCAAUCACCUGCAGAGGCACAUGCAGACGCACGGCGGCGAGCGGCCACACCGCUGCCCUGACUGCAGCAAGCGCUUCAGCAGGAAGGACAAGAUGAUGGAGCACAUGAGGAUCCACACGGGAGAGAAACCGUACCAGUGCUCGCAGUGCACGCUCAGCUUCAGGUGGAGGGCGGCGCUCAACGCUCACACACACACACACCGCGGCGGGAGAGCCGCUCUGAUUGGACAGUGUUCGGACUCGCGCUGAGAUUUAUAUUUUAUUUUUUUACUGGAGAUGCACGAUAUAUAUCGUAAUUUAUAUAUAAUCUUUUGUUUGUAAUUUAUUAAAAUAUUUAAUUGUAUAAUAUUUUCACAAUCUGGUCAACAAAUCAAACUACUCCAAUAAAUGCAUAAUAUUAA